GUGUCUAAGCAAAGAAUGUUUUUCUCCGUGGACUCUGUAUACAGUGUAACGGUUACAUACAUUAAAGCAAAUGGAGAAAGAAUCACUGCAACAGGGAAAGAAGGUGACAAUCUACUUGAUAUAGUUGUCAACAAUAACGUUGAUUUAGAAGGAUAUGGUGCCUGUGAAGGAACCCUGUCGUGUUCCACGUGCCAUCUGAUAUUUAAGCAGAGUGACUACGACAGAUUGGAAGAAGAACCUACAGAUGAAGAACUGGACAUGCUCGAUCUGGCUUUUGGAAGAUCACCCACGUAAGUAUUUUAAACAUUCAAGAGUUGCUUUAAUAAUAGCUUAUAAAUAUAAAAUGAUGCCCAAUUUCAAGAAAAUAUACUCUUACUCAAAAAUUAACUUUUUCUGUCAAAUAAUCUGCUUUGGCAUAACAAAUUUGAAAUUGAUAAUGUCAAAGAAGUAGGUAUCUUAUAAUCUGAAAUGCCCUGCAAUUAGGCAUUGUCCAAAAAAAAGCUGACGUUACCUUCAAAUAAUUUCAGUGUCAGAUAUACUAGUAUUUUACAAAUCAGAAUUUGUUUGGACACUUUCACUAAAACUCCAGGUAGUAACGUGUUCGGUAUGUUCAGUAAGGUUUUUGUAGGUUUUUAAUUCAAUUUUUAACAGUGUAAUCAUGCAUUGUAUCAUCAUCAAACUGAUUUAACCUAUCUUAUGUUGAAAUUUUUCUCCGUUGUGUGU